UCCGGUUGUCCUGGCAGCUGUCUCUGCCGCUGCUGCUGCUCCUGCCACCUGCUAGGGCCGGGCCUCAGUUCAGGAUUUGGUCACUUCUUCGUUCUCCACUGCGCCCAUGGUUCCUCCUGGAGCCAGGGCGGCUGGCCCGGCGGCUCCCGCGUGGUGAGAGGGCGGUCCGGGGACGAUGAAGGUCCCGCACUGCAGUUGCUGUCUCAGCCACCUCUUGGCCUCCGCCCUCCUGCUGCUGCUAUUGCUGCCAGGUUUGGGAGGGCCUUUGACUUUGCUGCUGCAGGCGGCCGAGGCCGCACCGGACCCUGGGCCUCCGGACCGCGGGCCGCGGACCCGGCCGCCCCUGCCUCCCGGCCCCACUGUCGCCCAGUUCUUGGGCGGCGCUCCGGCAGAAGCCGCAGGGCCGCGGGGCGCUGAGGGCGGCAAUGGCAGUAGCCCCCGGGCGGGGCUUUCAGCGGAAGACUCCGGAGGGAAGGCGGGGGAAGAAGACUCAGUGGGUGGGAGCCUUGCUGUGAGCCCCAACCCCGGCGACAAGCCUAUGACCCAGCGGGCUCUGACCGUGUUGAUGGUGGUGAGCGGCGCGGUGCUGGUGUACUUCGUCGUCAGGACAGUCAGGAUGAGAAGAAGAAACCGAAAGACUAGGAGAUAUGGCGUUUUGGACACUAACAUAGAAAACAUGGAGUUGACACCUUUAGAACAAGAUGAUGAGGAUGAUGAUAACACUUUGUUUGAUGCCAAUCAUCCUCGAAGAUAAGAAUGUGCCUUUGAUGAGAGGACUUCAUCUUUCUACAGUGAAGAGCAGAAUUUCUAUGUUUAAGGAAUAAGAAGCCACUUUAUCACUGGGGGCGGGGGGUAUUUAAGUUACAUAUAUUAUGACAAACUUUAAUUUGUUGUUGCAGUAAAUACUGUAUCAUUUUGUUAUGUCUUUGUAUGUAUAGAAGUGCUCUUAAUGGGCUCAGAGUUGUUGGGAGUGAACUGCACUAUAAUAGAAAUCUGUGUGAAAAUUAAUUACUUUAGAGCAGGGUGUUCUCUGAUCAGUUACUGUUUCUUGCUUACCGUAUUGUAAACAAUUUUAUAUAUUAAUCAGUUACUGUUGUUUUGCUUUGCGUUCUUUUUUUUUUUUUUUUGGAGGGGUUGCCCAUUAGUUGUUUUUCUUUUUCCCCAUUAAUUGUUUUUUGCUGAAACUAUAAUCCCAGCAACAAACUGGUGUGUAAAAAUAAUUUAAGAUUUCUUUACAGACAUGUAUUCCCCAUUUUUGUGGGAAAAAGAAGCCAAGUUUAUUACUUUGCAUUUGGUUUUUUUAGAUAUUAAUAAAUGAGUUGUAUGCAAAAAAAAUAAAUAUGAUUUAAAAAUGACUUUUAAAGUGGUACAGGCAGAAUAUGUUUACAAAAUAAAUCCAAAGAGUAUAGAAUUUAUAUUAACAAAAGUAUUUUAUAUGGUUUCUAGAAAAAUUUCUCAAAAUAAGGUUAUUGUAUUUAGCAACUUGUUAAGAUACCUACUUUGACUAGAUAUUUUAGGAAAUGGUGAAUUUCAAAGCCAUUUUAUUUAUUUACAGUAUUGUGAAAGAUAGAAGUAAUGGCAUAACCUUCCAAUCAUAUAUUAAGGUGCAGGAGAGUAAGGAAUUAAAGUAAGUGUGUAGACUUUGGAGUCAGACAGACCUGGAUACAGAGAUUGACUUAAUAGCUCUGAACAAAUUAUUUAACCCUGUUGAGCUUCAAUUUUUCACAUUCUAAAAUUAGAGGGCAACUUACAGGAAAAGCAUGGGUCUCAAAUUUAGUUGCUUAUAGAGGCCAAGGAGGUAAUGUAAAUAUGUGGUGUCUGUCAGGAUAGACUAAGUCAUAUAGUAGUAACAGAUGGUCCCCAAAUCACAAAGAUUUAUUUUUCACUCAUGCUGCCCAUUUGUUAUGGACUGUGAUUUUGCUCUUCGUUGUCUUUUCUUCAGGGUCAAGGCUAAUGGAGAAACCUCUGCUUGGAAUAUUGCUCGUAGCUAAAUGUCCAGCUGUGUGAACUGCAUGCUAGUUCAUAAGCUUCUGCCCUAAAGUGAUAUAUUUCAUUUCCAUCUACAUUUUAUUGGUCCAAACAAACCCUAAGGCUACUCCAGAGUUCAACAAGGCAAGGAUAGGUAAUCUUCUAACAAUGAGGUAAGUUGAAGUAUUUGACCACCCAAAAUGCCAACUUAGUUUUACCAAGUAUGCUAACUGGCUUCAACACAGUGAGUCAAGUCCCCCUGAUGUCACUGU